AUCGUAUCCAGACACAGUUGAGGUGCUCGUUCAUGAAAAGUAAAGCAGGAUUGGGUCACAACUAACAGGAUUUUAUAUGGAAACGUCGUGUUCACCAUUUGUGGAAGAAACAAGCUUCACCAGAACAGAGGAUGAAGAUGAGGCUGAAGAAAAUGAAGAGGAGGAUAAAGAGGAAUCAGCUGACAGGAAGCAACGACUGGCAGCCUGGGCUCCGUCUUUUUACUGCAGAAUGGGCAAAGAGGUGUACAGCUACGCUGGCCAUGAGAUUGUUAUCGAAGAGGGUCUUGACUCAUAUGCAGGCAUGAUAUGGCCUGGGGCUUUGGCUCUCUGUCGCUAUCUUGAAACUCACCGUGACCAACUGAAUCUCAUGGACAAACCCAUCCUGGAGAUUGGAGCAGGAACUGGUCUUGUGUCUGUGGUGGCGACACUUCUCGGUACGAGUGAACGUGGUUGGGUCACAGCGACAGACCUUCCAGAGGUUCUGAGCAACACGAGAGCCAACCUGUGCAGGAACACCAGGGGCCUCUGCAGACACACACCCCAGGUGGCACCUCUGCCCUGGGGCUACAACCUGGAGAGCACCUACCCUUCGACCGUCUACAAGUACCACUACGUCCUGGCAGCCGACGUGGUUUACCAUCAUGACUUCCUGGAUGAGCUCUUGGUCACCAUGAAGCAUUUCUGCAAACCAGGAACAACAUUGAUCUGGGCCAACAAGGUCCGAUUUGAGUCCGACCUGGUGUUCACGGAGAACUUUAAGAAAGCCUUCCACACAAGUCUGCUGGUCGAAGAAGGAGAGAUGAAGAUCUUCAUGGCAACGAGUAGGGAAGGAGAUGAUGAAGUAGAUCGGGGGCUGAAAAUCCAAGAUCUGUUGGGAGAAGAGGAUGGAAAGACUGUGGAGGAAGAAAGCAACAAAGACAACGGUGAAGGCAAACCUUCAUGUGCCUGUAAAGAGGUGAGAGGUGAUACACUGGACAAUUACAAUGAGGAGGAAGAAGACAAUAAGUUUGAAAGUGAUGUGGAGGAAGAGGAAAUUGUGACCUCCAAAAAUGUUGAGCACAAUGAGAUUGUUGCAAGUAAUGACAACAUUUCUGAACAGGAGUGUUCGGACCAGACGGAUGUAAAGCAGAAAUGGGUUCCAAACAUCAUUUGCCACGUUAACAAAGACAUCUACCAUUACGUAGGGAAGGACAUUGUCAUUUAUGAAUCCAUAGAUUCAUUUGGAGCAAUGAUGUGGCCAGCUGCAUUGGCUUUGUGCUCCUUUCUUGACAACAACAGGGACACAGUGGACCUGCGAGGGAAGAGGGUGCUGGAACUGGGAGCAGGAACAGGAUUGGUAGCCAUUGUGGCCAGUCUACUGGGAGCAUCAGUCACAGCCACAGAUCUUCCAGAGAUAUUAGGGAACCUUCAAGCCAACUUAAUGAGGAACACCAGGGGCCUCUGCAGACACACACCCCAGGUGGCACCUCUGCCCUGGGGCUACGACCUGGAGAGCACCUACCCUUCGUCCGUCUACAAGUACGACUACGUCCUGGCAGCCGACGUGGUUUACCAUCAUGACUUCCUGGAUGAGCUCUUGGUCACCAUGAAGCAUUUCUGCAAACCAGGAACAACAUUGAUCUGGGCCAACAAGGUCCGAUUUGAGUCCGACCUGGUGUUCACGGAGAACUUUAAGAAAGCCUUCCACACAAGUCUGCUGAUCGAAGAAGGAGAGAUGAAGAUCUUCAUGGCAACGAGUAGGGAAGGAGAUGAAGGUGACCGGACCAGACUGGGUAGGCCUACAGGAUGCAGGAUCAAGGCCUAAUUUAAAGGACUUAAUGUUGAACUAUUUUUUGUGAUUUUUUUCCCCCCCAAAUGUUAUCAGAUACCCACAAACUUUCUUAAAGGUUGUCUGACAUGCAAGAUCAGUUUAAAAAUGUUUUGCUCGAGACUCAGUAUGGAAGACAUGUUUAGGUUAUUUACCUGAGAAACGUUUAAAUGUCAGUUCAGUAUCAAAAUAUUUAUAAUAGUGGUCUUGGCAAGCUUCACUUUGGCUGGUCUAACUUCAAUCAAGAAAAAUUGGGACAAGUAAUUAACUGUUUCUGGGGUGAUUUUGGCUCACUCUCACAAUACACAACUUUUUUAAUACUUCUGCUGUUUUGGUUCUGCCAAGGCAUUUCAAGCCAAUUGAAGUCUAGGCUUUGUAUAUGCCACUGCAACAACUGGAGCAUAUGCUUCUCUGCUGGUACAAGAUGUUUGUAAUGAUAUGCUGCACUGGGUUUUUACCAAACAAGGUCUACUGUGGUCUCAUCUGUCCAAUGGAUAGGCCUUGUGGUACGAGACGCAACUUUACAAACACAACUUGUUGUAAUUUCUUUAAAGCAGAAGUUGUUUUACUAGAAACCAACAUUUGAGUUCAUCCUGAAGUGAAUUUGCUGGGAUGUCUUAAAUGAUUUCCACUUGUGAAUUACUGAAUUGAUUGGAAAUAGCCUUAAAAUCUAGACUGAUGCACAUCGACAGAUGUAGCUUUCAUGGUGACGUUGUGACACACAUCUGUGUCCUCCAAACAACCAGACCUUCUGGUCUUAUAGGAGGUGGACAGACUUGCUGAGUAUCAGAUAAAUAGGAGGAUAUACUUUCCCUUUUCCGGCUAAAUCUUAUUGAAGAUGAUAUGGUCUAGUUGCAACAAUGAAGUUCAUUGUAUUGGGGAAACCCAUUUUAGAAAUCCAUGUCCAUUUGGUGGUUCAAUGCCUUUUUGUUUAACAAACUACUUUUAAUGGAUCAAGAAAUGUGGACAAUGUGGAUUCUUCUCGUCUUCUGUAUUUUUCCACACUCGUAAUACAGAGAAGUGACAUGUGAACCCGUUUUAAAUAUUUUUAUUCAGUGAA